GGCCUCAGCAUGCCUACCAAAAAAUGAUACUGGCACUGUUGGUAGUAAAAAAAGUGAGAGGUUUGAAUAUAGAGUACACAUAAAUUUGGUAUGGCUGAAAGUUCAAGAAUAACUAUUAUUGUCCUACUGAGUUUAAUUGUCAUAGUGACAGUUCUGCUCUGGUUUAAUGCUGUGCUGGUACCCUAUGUAAAGGUCUUCUUCUGUCCAUGUAAUAAGACCAGAGAUUCCUCAGCCCAACAGGUAUACAGAGUCUCUGGUAAUCUAGAACAACAUGAAGUAUAUGAAGCAGAGAUAGUAGAAACUGUUUAUAUUGUCAAUGACAUAAAAUUAGAAGGGAUUGAACAGAACAGGACCCAUCAAAGACCUAAAAAUAAUCAACAGUGUACAAAAGUAAGGAAUGAAGAUAGAUUUGAUUGUGAUCCUGAAGGGGCAAUAACUCAGACUAACUGUGAGAAGAGAGGAUGUUGCUGGAAACCAGUAUUGAGACUGACAGUAAACCAGUCAGCAGGAAUAGUUCCUCCAUUGAAUGUUCCUUGGUGUUACUAUCCAUCUAAUUAUGAAGGAUACAAGGUCAAUAAAGUAUACAACACAAAAUUAGGAUUAAAUGCAGAUCUUAUAAGGACCACACAAUCACCUUACCCAGAAGCCAUCAAUGAUCUAACAGUAGAAAUAAGAUAUGAAACACAAUCAAGACUUAGAAUUAAGAUAUUUGACCCAGCUACUGUCAGAUAUGAGGUACCUCUGAACACACCUGACGUAUCACAAGCUGUCAAUGAUACACUGUUUACAGUCAGUCUCAGUAAACCUACAGAAAGAUUUAGUGUUUCUGUGAUCAGGAAAGAUAACGCUGUAGUUUUAAUAAAUACAACUGGAGCAUCCCCUUUGACUUUCUGUAAUCAGUUUAUUGAGCUGUCCAGUUUUUUGCCAUCAAGUUUUAUUUAUGGAUUGGGAGAACAUCGUGGACCACUGCUACACAAUGUAAACUGGACUAGAUAUACAAUGUGGAACAAAGACAACCCACCACAUGAGAAGGCAAACCUGUACGGAUCCCAUCCAUUUUAUCUAGUAAUGGAGAAUGACGGGAAAAGUCAUGGUGUAUUUUUACUGAACAGUAAUGCCAUGGAUGUGAUACUACAACCCUCCCCAGCUAUAACAUGGAGAACUAUAGGAGGAAUUAUAGAUCUUUAUGUCUUCAUGGGACCUACUCCAGGAGAGGUCAUUCAGCAAUACACAGAGGUCAUAGGUCAUUCAUUUAUGCCACCAUAUUGGAGUUUAGGUUUUCAUCUGUGUAGGUGGGGAUACAAAACAGCCAAUGAGACACUUGCCAUAGUAGAAAAAAACAGACAAGCUGGAAUACCUCAGGAUGUCCAGUGGAAUGAUAUAGACUACAUGGACAGCAAGAAAGAUUUCACAUAUUCUACAGAAUUUGGUGAUAUGCCUGCAAUGGUCAACACUUUACAUAACAAAGGAAUGCAUUAUAUAAUGAUUGUGGAUCCAGGUAUCAGUAAUGAGUUCCCAGGGAAUUAUGGACCAUAUGACUUAGGAAUAAAGAUGGACAUAUUUAUCAAGGACAGUCAAGGAAAACCACUGAUAGGAAAGGUGUGGCCAGGUGAUGUAGUUUUUCCAGACUUCACAAACAACAGAACAUUUGAUUACUGGACACAGCUUGUAAAGAGUUUCCAUGACAAAGUACAGUUUGAUGGAAUGUGGAUUGACAUGAAUGAGAUCUCCAAUUUUGUAGCAGGAUCUAUUAACAGUUGUCCUAAGAAUUCCAUAGAAGAUCCUCCAUAUGUCCCAGAUGUUGCAGGAGGAAGUCUGAGGUUUUCUACAAUUUGUGCCACGUCACAACAGAACUUAUCUAUAUCAUACAAUGUACAUAAUCUGUAUGGACUUACUGAAACUGAGGCCACUUACAUGGCACUGAAGACUGUCAGAAAUAAAAGACCAUUUAUCAUCUCAAGGUCAACAUAUGCUGGUCAAGGUUAUUAUGGUGGACACUGGUCAGGAGAUAAUUUUGCUACGUUUCAUGACAUGGCAAUGUCUAUCCCAGAGCUGUUGAACUUUAACAUGUUUGGUAUAUCAAUGAUUGGAGCUGAUAUUUGUGGAUUUCAACUGGAUACUACAGAAGAUCUUUGUCAGCGAUGGUACCAGUUAGGAGCAUUUUAUCCUUUCUCCAGGAGCCAUAACUCAGUUGGACUGAAGCCUCAGGAUCCAGCUUCGUUCAGUCAGGACCUCAUAGAAUCAACAAAGACGGCAUACAUGAUCAGAUAUUCUUUGUUACCAUAUUUAUAUACACUGUUUCAUAAAAGCCAUAUGAUGGGAGAAACUGUCGCAAGGCCUUUGUUCUUUGAGUUUCCACAGGACAAAAACACUUAUAGUAUAGAUAGCCAGUUCCUCUGGGGAAGUUCAUUGAUGAUUUCUCCAGCCCUUGCAAAGGGAACAACCAGUAUAGGUGCAUAUUUUCCAUCAGGUGUAUGGUAUGAUUGGUACACAGGUGGAGCUAUACACAGUAAUGGUUCUGUGGUGAAAUUAGAAGCCCCUGCUAAUAAGAUAAAUCUUCAUGUCAGAGGGGGGUCCAUUAUCACACUACAGGAUCCUGAAUUGACAACAACUCUCAGUCGUAAAAAUAAAUUUUCCCUGGUGGUAUCAUUAGAUGACGAUGGAACAGCAGAAGGUGAUCUUUUCUGGGACGACGGGGAUACAAUAGAUACCCACACAAUGGGAAAGUUCAAUAUGAUCAGAUUUCAUUCAUCUAAGAAUAUUGUGACAAACAAUGUAAUGUAUGCAGGGUAUACUGAUGAACCUAUGUUACUGAGAUCCAUUGUAGUGUUUGGAGUCUUACAGAAACCAUCUACAGUUAAAUUCAAUGGCAUGGCUAUAAGUCAAUUCACAUAUGAUGACAAGUUGCAUGUUUUAAAAGCACAAGGUAUUGCAGCAAAUCUGUUAAAGACAUUUACUUUGCAAUGGGUGUAGAGAAAAGAUAGAGUAUCAUUGAAGGAAUGUCAAAGAUGUGAAGAAAUUUACAUUCCAGAGGCAUUGGUUGCUGUGUCAAUUAAAAAAAUUCCAAAUAUUAUUUUGUUCCCUCAAAUUAACUUAUUUAUUAUUUAUAAAAGUCCUCUUUCUAUUUUGAUUUGAAUAUUAAGAUUCCUUUUUUCUCCAAGUUGAAAUAUGCGACAGAACAACAGCAUUUCAUGUGCUUAAAUGUAAAUAUCAGUUUACUGUGUGAUUGUUAGUUAAAACUUGAAAAAUAUGUCUUACUUACAGCAGACUGGAUGUUCUAAUGCAUCUAUGCUUGUAAUGUUCCUUUUGAUUGGAUAACACCACACAAAUUUUAGAGCAUCUAUUCCAUAAUUGACAAUGACAUUGUCAAGAUCGUUCAAGUAUUCAAUAAAAUAAAAAUUUGAUAUAAAAACCGUUGCUUUCCUUUUCUGAUAGGAAAUCUUGACAUUUAGAUUUAAGAUUCAAAAGUUUUGUUGCACUUUAAAUCAACUGACAACAAGUUCCAUUUUUUAUAAGAUUUAAUACAUUAUUAUUUACAGAUGUCUUUAAUAAAUCUGUUCCUUAUUUUAAAACUUUUUACAAAAACAGGAUACCAGGCUGAACAUGUGUAAUCACAAUGACAUUGAACUAAAGCAGUUUUUUCUUUUUUCUAGGAUUUUCUGAUUGACGUCCUCCUUGCCUAUAAAGGAUAGUCAGUCUUGCAUUUAACAUUUUUUGUAAGGUAUUUUUUACAACAAUUAAACUUAACUAAACUACAACAAUUUCCCCAGACAAAAAUAUGAGAUUAUGCAUGCAAACAAAAAAGUCAUGUGACUGAUUUUAAAAUGUAUUAUUUAGGGGUGUUUCCUUUCAGUUGCAUUAGAAGGGACAAAUGUAUGUUAACCUUAAUAAAACAUGGACAAACAGUUUUGCAACACUUUGAAUUUUUUUUCUUUGCAUUGUCAUUUUAAAUUUACUUUUUAUGUUAAAAAGUCUGUUUUUUGAAACUAUAUAAAAAUCCGGCAGUUACAUGGAUGCUGAUUAGCCCAUGGACUUUCAUAGUUUGUUCUGUUGCUUACUGUCACUAGAUAAAAGGGAUAUUUUAAAAUUCUUUGUAACAACUAUUUAAAAACAUAUAAUAUUCAAGGAAUGACUGUAAUACUUUUUCUGUCUUUGAAGAAAUAACACUUUUAAAUAACCCGCUACACAGGUUAUUUCGAAUAGACAGAAAAAAUAUUACAGUCAUUCCUUAUAAUUUAAUUCUAAAUUCCAUUUUUAAGGAGUAAAUCAUGAAAAAAGUUGAUGAUGUCACAGUCACAUGACAAUACUAUGUCUAUAAGCUGAUAGACAAAACACUUUCAGCCAAUCAGAAGAAGUGUUACAAAAAUUUAAUUAUAACAAGUUCAGAAAAUAAUUAUCAGUUUGUAUGAAAUGGUAUUGCAUAAGAAUUCUACCACGAAGGGAAUAUUUUUGAUUAAUUAAUUUUGAGUGGCCUGUAGGUAUCGAAUGGACUUCAAUGUUCCUGCCAUUUUAAUGUUUCUCUUUUGAAACUUUUAUUGAUUCUAUAUUUAAUUGAUUUGAUUGAAAUUUGUUAGAUCUACAUGGAAUGUAGCAUUUUUAAUGUGUGAAUAUAUUGUUAUUAUAAUUAUAUUGCAUCAUAUUAAUUUAUGUUGAAUUGAUUGUUAUGUCAUUUCAUUUUUAUCAGUGUGAUUUUUUUCUAGUCUGACAAAAGUUUCGAAGGCGUGACAUAGCGAUCCUAGAUUUCAUUGUAGUCUUCAAAAUUUAGGUUAGCCUUUGUUGAAAGUUUUUUGAGACAGCGAUAACUUUAUCAAACCUUCAUUGAUUGUUAUGAAACUUGGAAAGAAGCUUCUUCAUGAUCAAGAGAUAACAUUUGAAGUGAUAUUUUAAAAUUUGAUUAAGAUUUCUAUUUUUUGUAUUUUAUAGAUAGAUGUUUCUUUUUAUAAAUAACAUUUUAAUACAGUGUGUGUGGGGUUAAAUUGUUUUAGACAUCAAUAACUUUUUCAAACCAUCUUGGAAUUAUAUGAAACUUGUUUUGUCAUUUAUAAUAAGCAGACGACGUAACACUAUUACACUGACAGCAACAGUCACAGAUGAGAAACCAAAGGUUUUCUUGGAACCGUUUAUGAAUUUAAUACUGAAGGUGCUUAUUUAAUAAGUCAGUGAUCAAAUCUUUAAUAGUGAAAAAUAUUGGUGCAAUCCAGAGGUUUAUGAGUGAAAACCAGUAUUUGUAUUUUUACAUGAUGUAUAUAUUAGGUAAGGCAUUAAUCCAUGUUAUUGGCAUUUAACACACAACAGUCAUAAAUUUUUUUAAAUGUGCAAUUACUUUUUAUUUUAUCACUGUAAAGUUUUUUUUAUAUUUGAGUUUCAAGAGUGACAUAUAUGAGCAACAACAUUAUCCUAAAAACCUAUUUUGUGAGAAGUAAUUACAAGUCAGCAUUCCUUGAAACCUAAAACUUCAAAUAUAUAUUGGCAUAAGAAGGUGUUUUAAACCUAUUCUAUAUACACGCAUAUAUAAAGUUGAAAUAUAUCUGUGUAUUUGUUUUGUUUAUUUUUUAAAUGUAAAAGACUACAUGUUUUUUUUUUUUUUUUUAUGUAUAAUCCAACAAUUUGAAUGGCCACAUAGUUAUGAAUAUGUCAGGCUGAUGUUGUAUGAUUUUAAAUGUUUAAAUCUUAGGGCAAUAUUUUUGUCAAAAAUAUAUAAAAAUUUUGUAUCUAUUUUACGCAUGCAAAAGGGAGUUAACUUUGAUUUAAUACAUUUUCUUUAUGAUAAAAGUCUGGUUUUUUCCCUGCAUCAUUUUUUUUAAAGGACUGACUUUCAUUGUAUAAAGUUUCAUUUGCUGAAUUUUGAGUAUUUAAAUGUACAUUGACUGAUUAUUUCCCAGCCCAGUGAUUGAAUAUUUCCCUGUCAAGUGAUUGAAUAUUUCCAUCAAGUUAUGAAUAUUUCCUUGUCACUUGAUUGGAUAUUUCCCUGUCAAAUGAUUGGAUAUUUCCCUGUCCAGUGGUUGGAUAUUUCCAUGUCAAGUGAUUGGAUAUUUCCCUGUCCAGUGGUUGGAAAUUCCCUGUUCAGUCAUUAAAUAUCCCCUAGCUAGCGAUCAAAUAUUUUCAUGUCCAUUGAUGUUAAAUUUGUAGGAUCUAUAUAUCCACAAAUAUUCUGUGCAUAGUAUUUUGUGUAUAUUACACAUAAUAAAUAUAGAAACUUAUCUCUGACACAGAACAUUACUAGUGUUGUACAAUAAAUGUUUUUAAACUGUGUAAGUGCAGGGUUUUACAAUACAAUUAAAUAGGAAAAAUAUGCAACACAAGAGAUAAUGUAAGAACUAAAAAAGGUGUGAUUGAAAUGUUGGUAGUUGUAUGACCCCUGUUGAAUAGUUUGACUAUGUGUUCUUGAUAUUUAUUCCUUUUGAAAUAAUGAUUUAUGAUAAAUAAUGUUAUAUUCUAUUGAUGCCAGUUAUUGUAUAUUGCUUCAAAAGCUUUUAAUUUGUAUUGAAGUUUUUUUUUAAAUAAAAUCAUUAUUAUGAUCCA